AUGGCUAGUAAUAUAUUACCAAAAAUGACACGUAUUGUAUGUAUAAGUGAUACUCAUACACGUUAUAAUUUUGCUCUUCCGCCUGGUGAUAUACUUGUUCAUGCCGGUGAUUUUACUUUAUCAGGUUACCUAACUGAAAUAGAAAAUUUUAUAACAUGGCUUAAAUCUUUAACACAAUAUCGUUUAAAAAUAUUCAUUGCUGGUAAUCAUGAUUUAACUCUUGAAUCUGAAUUUUAUGAACGAACAUGGAACCGAUGGCAUCCUAGAAAGAAACAAGAUUAUGAAAAAAUUGGACGAAUAAUACAUGAUCCAUCAUUAGCCACUGAUUAUGGAAUUGUUUAUUUAGAACAACAAGAAUUUAUUGAUCAAAAAACAGGAUUAAAAUUUUAUGGAAGUCCCUAUCAACCUGAAUUUUGUGAUUGGGCAUUUAAUUUACCUAUUGAUAGUCCUGAAAUCAAACAAGUUUGGUCAAAAAUACCUGAUGAUGUUGAUGUACUUAUUACACAUGGUCCACCUAAAAAUAUUCUUGAUACAACUUAUGAUGGUCAACAUGUCGGCUGUGCACAAUUACUUGCACGUAUUAAACAAAUCAAACCACGAUUACAUGUAUUUGGCCAUAUACAUGAAGGAUAUGGACGUGAAGAGAAAGAUUCAACUAUAUUUGUUAAUGCAUCUACAUGUGAUUUACGUUAUCGACCGUCUCAACCACCAAUUAUUGUUGAUUUAGAAGUAAAGGGAACCGAAUGA